UGACCCCAACAGUGUAGAAGUUAAAGAACAGUGUGGACGGUCCCGGGACCUUUUUUAUUAUCUCCAGUGUUGUAGUGAAAGUUCUCGUCCCUGCGCCGCACAUCUGCAUGUUCUGGAUCUGGCCCCGCGGACACACGGACCUCUGCAGAGCUACAGCUGCACCUCAGGCACAGACAGAGAGAGGGAAAUAGUUCAGAUCUGCGAGGAGCACAGAGGACUCUGCCCCACACAGACGGACAACAGCGGAAGAUUAGACACAGCGAGAGGGGAGAACAGAGGCCCCGAGAGCAGCAGCCGAGAGCAGCGGCGGCGGAGAGGAGAACACAGCCAUGGCUAACAUCGCGGUGCAAAGGAUCAAACGGGAGUUUAAGGAAGUCUUAAAAAGCGAAGAGACAAGUAAAAACCAGAUCAAAGUUGACUUGGUGGAUGAGAACUUCACAGAGCUCAGGGGGGAGAUAGCAGGUCCUCCAGAUACACCUUAUGAAGGGGGCAGGUAUCAACUAGAAAUAAAAAUACCCGAAACAUAUCCUUUUAACCCACCAAAGGUGCGUUUCAUUACCAAGAUCUGGCAUCCUAAUAUCAGUUCUGUGACGGGGGCAAUAUGUUUGGACAUUUUAAAAGAUCAGUGGGCAGCUGCCAUGACCCUUCGAACUGUGUUAUUGUCUCUUCAAGCACUCCUUGCUGCUGCAGAACCAGAUGAUCCACAAGAUGCUGUUGUUGCGAAUCAGUACAAACAGAAUCCAGAAAUGUUCAAACAGACUGCAAGGCUGUGGUCUCACGUCUAUGCAGGUGCUCCCGUCUCCAGUCCAGACUAUACACUCAAAAUAGACAAACUUUGUGCCAUGGGUUUUGAUAAGAACGCAGUAAUAGCAGCAUUGUCUUCAAAAUCUUGGGAUGUGGAAACAGCAACAGAACUCCUGAUAAGCAACUGAGUCUGGGCCAGGUCUGAUGAUUCUAAAACCCCAAGAAAAUGAUAGCAACUCAUCCUGAGCACCAUUCCACCAUUGCCUUUUACUACACAGAAAUGUCUUCAUCUGUCACAACAGCCUGGUCUUUUUUGUUACAACCUCAUGUGACUCACAAAUUCACAGCAAAUGAUCUGUUCGUGAAUACAGCUACUCUUUACUUUAAUCAAAAUGUGAGACAUUAUAAUGACAUUCAAUCAUAUUCUUGUCUUCCAUGCCAUUUCUUUUUUUUCAGUUUUUAUUUGUAUCAAGUCAACUGCCUGGAGGAUUUCUAUUGUCAUAAAAAAAUCCCCAAAUAUGGAUCUACACAGUACAUACAAUUACUAAAAGACAAUGUUGUUACCCAGAUGGAUCUGUUGAUCUAUUGUGAGUCUGCAAGUAUUUGCAGACAAAUUACUAUACAAAUAUAUUUUGAUGGCCCUUUGGAAAAUAUCAAAGCGAUAUUAAUCCAUCACCAUUUAAGAAAAACUUUUUUUGUACAUAUCAGUGUGUAUAUUUGAAAAUAUUGGGGUUAUACUUUUCUUACAUGACAUUGUAAAGCAAAUUAUUUUAAAUACAAACUAUGCCUAGUUUACAAUUAUACAGAAGAUAUACCUUUUUAUGCAUCAGUGGUUCUUCUGGGUGUCCCUGUUCAGUUUGGUUUUACACAGCAAAGUUAUAAUGAUAAAGCCAACAUUAGUUCAUGUGUCUUAUUGAAUCUGCAUGUUCCUACAUUGCCUUUGUUUAGUAGGCCAAAUGAUGUGGUACAGUGUUGUCAAAUCUUAGACUUGAAACAAGCAUGUCUUUUCAGAAAUUGUUAAUCAAACUCCUGAUCUGCAACAUGAAGCACAUCAGGUUUAAGGUAAAAAUAUAAGGAACCAAAGUGGCCUCUAAAUCUGACCUCAUUGUGGAAAAUUCUCUAAAGAGAAGAAAAGAGGGUAAGAUACCACAUCCCUGAGCCACAUUGAAAUCUCGACCUUAAUUAGUUCAAAUGAACUACCCUUACAACAUAAAUAUGAUUUAUCACAAUGCCAAAACCACAGUUGUCUUUUUACCAGUUGUGAGGCAUGACUUCUUACACUAGGCCUACAAUAUUUAGAUAUUCUGCUGGUACUCAAGGGUAACAGUUGUUUUUGUUGUGUUAAAUGCCUCUUCACACAGGGUCUUUACUUUGGAGUUGCAUCUCACUGACCAGUGAAAGACUCAUUAGUUUGUGUACAGGGCUGGGGCAUCAGGUGACUGCCCAGCAUACGUUACAGUCAAAAUCUUCACGCCAGGGACAUGAUGCACACCCCCGGUUUUGUAAAUAAGAUCCUUGGCAGAUGUCUAAUCACUACAGAGCACCAUUGAUGGCUGUAUGUUUUCUAUGAAAAAGGACAAAGGAAAAGCCCAAAUUCCCCGUCUUCCUUCUGUUCCUUCAUAUAGCGUCUUGCACGACAAAAGCAUAAAAUGGGACUGUUGCAUCUGUUUCUUCAUCUGGUUGAAAUCAUUUGCAGGUUUGUUUCUAGGGGAAGCAAGCACCUGCAGUUUAAAGCAUGGUUAAUUUAUUGUGACUGUCAUGAUUUUUGAAUAAAAACAAAUAAACCCUA